GCGAAGCAGAAGAACCACCAAAACCCAUAGCAGUGCGUGUUUUCUGUCCCCUGGAAACAUCUCUGAAGGAGUAAUCGAAGAACAAGCAGCUGCCAGGAAGCUCUGAAACCCCACACGCCUCACUCUGAAAUCUGAAAUCAUCCCACGAGCAGAAACCAGUAUAUAUAAACACUCGACAGUUCACGGCGAUCUCUCCAUCAGCAGCGUUCGAUCGUGUGUUCAUCUUCGUCGUCAACAUCGCCGGCGUGAUCAGCUGAAGAUUUUGGCAGCCACCAUCAUCGCCGGUCGCCGCCUCGCUCGCCGGGUUGAGAAAUCCGGCCAGCCAGCUAGGUAGUGAGUGAGUGAGUGAGUGAGCAAUGGAGGCCAACGGCGGCAGCAAGCCCGGUGGCGAGGUGCCGUCGCUUCUCCCCGACGUUGAGGUCACCAACGUCGCCAGCUUCGACGUCACGGCGCCGAGCCCGCGGUCUCAGCCUAGCCCGCGCCCCCUGCCGCAUCCCAACACGCCGACGCGCCCACGGGCGCCUUCGCUGGUCCGCGUGCCGCGCCGCGGCGGCGAGGCGGUGGUCCCGCCGCUCGAGUCGCCGGGGUUCCGGUCGGUGCAGCCCGUGUCCGUCAGCCUGCCGGCGUCGCCGAGCGGCUUCGGCGCGCCGACUCCAGUGGGCGGCGGCGGCGGCGGCGACUCGGACGUCGACCUCAGGAGGCAGGCCGCGGCGAACGCGGCGAGGGAGCCGCUGCACUCGCCGGCGUCGCAGGCGAAGGGCGGCGGCAAUGGCGUGCGGUUCGUCCAGCCGGAGCGGAUGAUGUUCCUGUCGCAGCCGAUCCCCGGCGGGCAGCCGUCGCGCACCGCGACGGGCGGCGGCGGCGGCCGCGCCAUGUGCCGGGACAAGCGGUACGACUCGUUCAAGACGUGGUCCGGUAAGCUGGAGCGGCAGCUCACCCACCUCGCCGGCGUCGGGCCGGAGGCCCCUGUGGACAAGGAACGCGGCGACGCCAUCGGCAGCCACCACACCUCCUCCUUGCCCAAGGUCGAUCGCUUCUUCGCCGCCCUGGAGGGCCCCGAACUGGACCAGCUCAAGUCGGAGGAGGAGCUGGUGCUGCCGUCGGACAAGACAUGGCCGUUCUUGCUGCGGUUCCCGGUGUCGGCGUUCGGUAUGUGCCUGGGGGUGAGCAGCCAGGCGAUCCUGUGGAAGACGAUCGCGACGUCGGGGCCGACGGCGUUCCUGCACGUGACCACCAAGGUGAACCUGGUGCUGUGGUGCGUGUCCGUGGCGCUCAUGUGCGCCAUCUCGGCGACGUACGGCGCCAAGGUGGUGUUCUUCUUCGAGGCCGUCCGGCGCGAGUACUACCACCCGAUCAGGGUCAACUUCUUCUUCGCGCCGUGGAUCGCCUGCCUCUUCCUCACCAUCGGCGUGCCGGACUCCGUGGCGCCGACGCUGCUGCCGCACUGGCUCUGGUACGCGCUCAUGGCGCCCGUGCUGUGCCUGGAGCUCAAGAUCUAUGGGCAGUGGAUGUCGGGGGGGCAGAGGCGGCUGUCCAAGGUGGCGAACCCGUCGAACCACCUGUCCGUCGUCGGCAACUUCGUCGGCGCGCUGCUGGGCGCGUCGAUGGGGCUCAGGGAGGGGCCCGUGUUCUUCUUCGCCGUCGGGAUGGCGCACUACAGCGUGCUGUUCGUGACGCUGUACCAGCGGCUGCCGACGAACGAGACGCUGCCCAAGGAGCUCCACCCGGUGUUCUUCCUGUUCGUGGCGGCGCCGAGCGUGGCGUCCAUGGCGUGGGCGAGGAUCACGGGGGAGUUCGGCCUCGGCUCCAGGGUCGCCUACUUCAUCGCCAUGUUCCUGUACGCGUCGCUCGCCGUGCGGAUCAACUUCUUCCGCGGGUUCAGGUUCUCGCUGGCGUGGUGGGCGUACACGUUCCCCAUGACCGGCGCCGCCAUCGCCUCCAUCCGCUACUCCACCGAGGUGGACAACGCGCUCACCAGGGCGCUCUGCGUCGCGCUCUCCGCCGUCGCCACGCUCGUCGUCACCGCCCUCUUCGCCACCACCAUGAUCCACGCCUUCGUGCUCCACAAGCUCUUCCCCAACGACAUCGCCAUCGCCAUCACCGACGGCCAGAGCAUGAUCCCCAUCAAGGAGCUGCUCGAGAUGCACGCCGACGCCGCCGACGCCGACGCCGACGACGAGGACAUUGAGUCCGCCGCGGCCAAGCCCACCGCGGCGAGAUCUUGAGCUGGAAGAUGACACGAUCGGAUUCUUGAAUUUCUCGGCGGCAUUGCCAGAGUGUGGCCCUGAUGGAGUGAGUUGAGGAGAUGAAUUCAAAGUUGAAACCACAUGUAUCCUAUGAUAAUCAAAGUGUUUUUCUUGAAUUAGGGCAACAAUGUUUUGUACAUCAGGACAUAUAUCCUAUUAGAUUGUGUGUUCUAUAUGCUGCUUCCUCCGUUUUAGGUUAUAAGACUUUCUAGCAUUGUCCACAUUCAUAUGUCUAGAUUUAUUAACAUCUAUAUGAAUGUGGGCAAUGCUUCUAUAUGAAUGUGGGCAAUGCUUGAAAGUCUUAUAACCCGAAACGGAUGGAGUACGAAGAAAGAUGAAUGGUUUAACUUUGUAAUUAGUCUCUAUUAUAUUCUUCCUUUUCAUGUA